CGAGGGUCACGUGAUCCCUUUCAAAGAUGGCCGCCCUGUUGUUUUGAUGAAUAAUACUUGGUGGGGCGAGGGGGUAAGAGUAGGCUCGGAGGGGUAGGAGGGUUUUACGCGUACAGCGAGAGCUUCGCCUGUCCCAUCCCUCCCCUCCCCCGCUACCAGGGUUCUUGCGUGGAGGCGGGGCGAGCCUGGCCUGCUUUUAGAGGGGAGGGGCUUCCCGGUACGGUGCUGGGCUCUCUCCGAGCUGCUGUAGGGUCGCCGCGCCUCGGGGGCAUCCAGUGUGCAGCAGAGCCGUUCCCGCCAGGGGCCAGGGGUGGGACCCGGAGCACCGUCUGCGGGAGAAAAACGCAGCUUGCCGCGUCACCGCCACGAAGACACGGCGCGCAGCGGGCACGAGCCGAGCUGGAGACCGCGCAGCCCGCUCUGGGUAACCUGGGAAAGCUGAGGGGAGUCAGUGGCGCCCGGAGAGGACCCCGUAGCAGCGGCGGUGGCCAGAGGAGGCAGCUCAGGGCGCUUGCAGCUGGAGGAGGCUGGGGCGAUCCGAGCGACCGAAGCCAAGGCGAUUCAGUGCCUCGUGUUCUUAGUUUUUAACCUCUGACUAUGCAAUUCUGAAACCUCCCCCACUGGGGGGCCAGACAGCCCGAUAGAUACCUUCCACUCUCCUUUGCUUCCGCCCUGGUCUCAAGAACUGAAGGAUCUCUCUAACGCCUUUCACCAUUAAGAGGAAAACGAUGGAGGAGCUGAGCGCUGAUGAGAUUCGACGGAGGCGCCUGGCACGACUUGCUGGUGGACAGACCUCCCAGCCGACCACCCCGCUUACGUCUCCCCAGAGGGAGAACCCUCCGGGACCUCCAAUAGCUGCAUCAGCCCCAGGCCCCUCCCAGAGCCUUGGUCUCAAUGUCCACAACAUGACCCCAGCUACCUCCCCCAUAGGUGCAGCAGGAGUUGCCCACCGGAGCCAGAGCAGCGAAGGAGUCAGUUCUCUCAGCAGCUCGCCUUCCAACAGCCUUGAGACACAGUCUCAGUCCCUCUCACGUUCCCAGAGCAUGGAUAUCGAUGGUGUCUCUUGUGAGAAAAGCAUGUCCCAGGUGGAUGUGGAUUCGGGGAUCGAAAAUAUGGAAGUGGAUGAGAAUGACCGAAGAGAAAAGAGGAGCCUGAGCGACAAGGAGCCUUCUUCAGGUCCUGAAGUGUCUGAGGAGCAGGCCUUACAGCUGGUCUGUAAGAUCUUCCGCGUCUCGUGGAAGGACCGGGACAGAGACGUCAUCUUCCUUUCUUCUCUUUCCGCGCAGUUUAAACAGAACCCACAAGAAGUGUUCUCUGAUUUUAAGGAUCUGAUUGGCCAGAUUUUAAUGGAAGUGCUGAUGAUGUCCACUCAGACACGAGAUGAAAAUCCAUUUGCCAGUCUGACAGCCACAUCGCAGCCUAUUGCCACGGCAGCUCGGUCACCACGGUCACCAGACAGGGGUCUCACGCUGAACGCUGGCUCCAGUUCAGGGGCAAGCCCCAUGGUCUGCAGCUUGGGCUCCUUCGGCGCAGGCUCGUUGUCUAGCCUCUAUGAAACUAGCCCUGCUCCCUCUGCCAGUUCAUGGAGCUUUGUGCCGGUGCUGAGUCCGUCCUUUGCCUCACCUUCCCACACAGCCCCCCAGGCGGCUGUGCCUUCUCCAUCCCUCAGCCCUCACAAUGCAGCCCCCCAGGCGCCUGUGCCUUCUCCAUCCCUCAGCCCUCACAGUGCAGCCCCCCAGGCGGCUGUGCCUUCUCCAUCCCUCAGCCCUCACAGUGUAGCCCCCCAGGCGGCUGUGCCUUCCCCAUCCCUCAGCCCUCACAGUGCAGCCCCCCAGGCGGCUGUGCCUUCCCCAUCCCCCAGCCCUCACAGUGCAGCCCCCCAGGCGCCUGUGCCUUCUCCAUCCCUCAGCCCUCACAGUGCAGCCCCCCAGGCGGCUGUGCCUUCUCCAUCCCUCAGCCCUCACAGUGCAGCCCCCCAGGCGCCUGUGCCUUCCCCAUCCCUCAGCCCUCACAGUGCAGCCCCCCAGGCGCCUGUGCCUUCUCCAGUCCUCAGCCCUCACAGUGCAGUAUCUGGAACUGCUGCUAUAAGCCAGCCCUCAUCCCCAAGGUAUCGACCCUACACUGUCAUACACCUGUCGGGGUCUUCACCUUGCCCCAUCCCACGAUCCUCCAUUAUGGCUAACUCCCCAACCCUCCCUCCCCGCUCAAGUAGUCCCCAGGCAGUACCCACCAGCUCCUACAGACAGAGGCCCCGAAGCAGGGGCCCCGCCUUCCCUCCUGCCUCGCCCAGUGCUGCCAGCAGACGUCCCUCCUCCCUGCGGAUCUCUCCUAGUAUGUACGACAAUCCUUUCUCCUUCCUCUUCCUCGCACUUUCUGGGGACAGUAGUGAUGAAGAAGAUGAAGAUGAUGAUGAUGAUGAAGGUGGUGGUGGUGGUGAUGAUGAUUUUUCUUGUGUCCAGUUUGGGUCCAGUUUGGGAGCCUCUGGUGGAGCAAGUAACUGGGAUUCGUACAGUGACCAUUUCACCAUUGAAACCUGCAAGGAGACAGACAUGCUGAACUACCUCAUCGAGUGUUUUGACAGAGUUGGAAUAGAGGAAAAAAAAGCACCAAAGAUGUGCAGCCAGCCAGCAGUCAGCCAGCUUCUGAGCAACAUCCGCUCGCAGUGCAUCUCCCACACCGCACUAGUGCUACAAGGUUCCCUCACACAGCCCAGGUCCUUGCAACAGCCAUCCUUCCUUGUGCCGUAUAUGCUGUGCAGGAAUCUCCCGUAUGGCUUCAUUCAAGAGCUGGUGAGGACCACUCACCAGGAUGAAGAGGUGUUCAAGCAGAUCUUUAUCCCUAUUUUACAAGGCCUGGCUCUUGCUGCCAAAGAGUGCUCCCUCGAUAGCGACUACUUUAAAUACCCCCUUAUGGCACUGGGUGAACUCUGUGAAACCAAGUUUGGGAAGACACACCCUAUGUGCAAUUUGGUCGCCUCUUUACCCCUGUGGUUGCCGAAGUCCUUAAGCCCUGGUUCUGGGCGGGAGCUGCAGAGACUCUCCUACUUAGGGGCCUUUUUUAGCUUCUCAGUCUUCGCAGAGGACGAUUCAAAGGUGGUUGAGAAAUACUUCUCAGGGCCUGCCAUUACCCUGGAGAACACCCGUGUGGUCAGCCAGUCACUACAGCAUUAUCUGGAGCUGGGACGGCAAGAGCUUUUCAAGAUUCUGCAUAGUGUUCUAUUAAACGGUGAAACUCGGGAAGCAGCUCUCAGUUACAUGGCGGCCCUUGUCAAUGCCAACAUGAAGAAAGCCCAGAUGCAGGCAGAUGACCGGCUGGUGUCUACAGAUGGGUUUAUGUUGAACCUCCUUUGGGUCCUGCAGCAGCUAAGUACAAAAAUCAAGUUAGAAACAGUUGACCCCACUUAUAUAUUCCACCCAAGAUGUCGGAUCAAUCUCCCGAAUGACGAGACACGAAUAAAUGCUACGAUGGAGGAUGUGAAUGAGUGGCUGGCUGAGCUCUAUGGAGAUGAUCAGCCUCCGUUUUCUGAGCCAAAAUUCCCUACGGAGUGUUUCUUUCUCACCCUGCAUGCUCACCACCUCUCCAUUCUGCCUAGUUGUCGUCGCUACAUCCGCAGACUGCGAGCCAUCCGAGAGCUCAAUAGAACUGUGGAAGACUUGAAAAAUAAUGAAAGCCAAUGGAAAGAUUCCCCACUGGCCACCAGACACCGAGAAAUGCUGAAGCGCUGUAAAACUCAGCUUAAGAAACUGGUACGGUGCAAGGCCUGUGCUGAUGCUGGCUUACUUGACGAGAGCUUCCUGAGAAGAUGUCUGAGUUUUUAUGGCCUUCUCAUUCAGCUGCUGCUGCGCAUCCUGGACCCUGCGUAUCCCGACGUAACACUGCCUUUAAAUUCAGAUGUCCCCAAGGUAUUUGCAGCAUUGCCUGAGUUUUAUGUAGAAGAUAUUGCUGAAUUUUUAUUUUUUAUUGUACAAUACUCUCCUCAGGUGCUUUAUGAGCCCUGCACUCAGGACAUUGUCAUGUUCCUCGUUGCCAUGCUGUGCAACCAGAACUACAUCCGAAACCCUUACCUAGUGGCCAAGCUGGUGGAGGUCAUGUUUAUGACCAACCCCUCUGUUCAGCCGAGAACUCAGAAGUUUUUUGAGAUGAUUGAGAACCAUCCUCUCUCUACCAAAUUGCUGGUACCUUCCCUUAUGAAGUUCUAUACAGAUGUCGAGCAUACUGGAGCCACCAGCGAGUUCUAUGACAAGUUCACAAUUCGCUAUCACAUUAGCACUAUUUUUAAAAGCCUUUGGCAAAACAUAGCUCACCAUGGCACCUUCAUGGAGGAGUUCAAUUCUGGAAAGCAGUUCGUUCGCUAUAUCAAUAUGCUGAUAAAUGACACGACCUUUUUACUGGAUGAAAGUCUGGAGUCGCUGAAGCGGAUCCACGAAGUGCAGGAGGAGAUGAAGAACAAGGAGCAGUGGGAGCAGCUGCCUCGGGAUCAGCAGCAGGCUCGGCAGUCUCAGCUUGCUCAGGAUGAGCGUGUUUCCCGUUCUUAUCUCGCGCUGGCAACUGAAACCGUUGACAUGUUCCAUCUCCUCACCAAGCAAGUCCAGAAACCGUUCCUCAGGCCAGAACUCGGUCCCCGGUUGGCAGCCAUGCUGAACUUUAACCUACAGCAGCUGUGUGGACCCAAGUGCCGGGACCUCAAAGUUGAAAACCCAGAGAAGUACGGUUUUGAGCCAAAGAAGCUAUUGGACCAGCUGACCGAUAUUUACUUACAGCUGGACUGUGCCCGCUUCGCUAAAGCCAUCGCUGAUGACCAGAGAUCCUACAGCAAGGAACUGUUUGAAGAAGUCAUUUCAAAGAUGCGGAAGGCAGGAAUCAAGUCCACCAUUGCAAUAGAGAAGUUUAAGCUUCUUGCUGAGAAAGUGGAAGAGAUAGUGGCCAAGAAUGCGCGGGCAGAGAUCGACUACAGCGAUGCCCCAGACGAGUUCAGAGACCCUCUGAUGGACACUCUGAUGACUGACCCUGUAAGACUGCCCUCUGGCACCAUCAUGGACCGCUCUAUCAUCCUACGACAUCUGCUGAACUCCCCCACCGACCCCUUCAACCGCCAAACGCUGACUGAGAGCAUGCUGGAACCAGUGCCAGAGCUGAAGGAGCAGAUUCAAGCCUGGAUGAGGGAGAAGCAGAGCAGUGACCACUAAGCAUCCUGCCGCACUUCUCUGCUGGAAGCAGCCACGCCAGCCGGCCAGGCCAAAGCUGCUGCUCCAACCUGCGCUGCGGCCAGAUACCGAGAGCCCACCCCGAGUGACCAAACAGUAGAGAUCUGAGGACACGAUGAGAAGAGGAGUCUGAUUCCUGUACAUAUAUUUAAGUGACAGUCAAAAGCUUGAGGGACGAGUUUUACGAUGGCUUGUGU